ACAAUGCCCUAUGCAGGAAUUAACAUGGCGUCUAUGGUGCUGUUUUGAUCAUACCUCAGUGGUUUUGAUCCGUGAAUGAGAAAAACGAAAUACUGAGCAUGAAGAUGAAGAGGUUAGACGUAUUUUAGAGCUAAAAUCUGCAUAAAACAGUUUUCAUUGGACUAGCUGCCUCCCCAUCAUCAAUACAGAGUAGUUGUUAGUUUUCAGCCCGGGUGAGGGAUAAGACUGGAUUGAGGCAUGGAGGAAUCAAAAAGCCCCCUAAAAUUAGUUAAGCCCUCUCGCAAUGAGGCCAGGGGAGCCACAGCGCCAUCCUCCACCAGCUCCAAGCCCCUGAAAGAGGCUCCAGUGACACCAAGAGAGGGGCCUGGCCCCAAGCCUGCCACUGCCUGCCGGAGCAAGGAGAACAUCACCACAGCCAGGGAGGACCAUAAGGACCAAGGCAGUAACCGUGGGACAGAAAGAGCCUCCACAGCCAGCCCUCAGGACCCAGGGAGGGGGAAGCCUCGCAGGCUGACUGGGAGGACCAGCUCUGGGGAGAGGGGGAAGGUGGGACUGGGAGGCCAGCAGCAGGCUGGGCAGGGGGGUGACGCUAGGCCCAUGCUGGCUACAGGCAGGAGCCCAGCUGGUAGAGGGAGAGACACAGGAGCAGGUGAGAAGGCCGGUGCUGUGGUGGAGACAGGGCAGCCUUUUGUGGAGGUCAACGUGGUGGGGUCAGGGGUCAAUGAUGAGGGUCAGGGGAGGAACAUGACCUCUGAGCAGAAGCUGGGUCUCAGACAGGCUGAGGAUCGCCUCUACAGAGACUACAUACACAGACUGGUCAAGCCGUCUCCAGAGUACCCUAACUUCCAGUACCUAUGCAAGCUGUGUUCAAUACACAUAGAGAACGUACAGGGGGCACACAAACACAUCAAGGAAAAGAGACACAAGAAGAACAUCAUGGUGAGAGAAAAAGAGAAGCAGGAGGAGAAUGAGCUGCGUGCACUGCCUGCCCCCUCCCCAGCCCAGCUCAGAGCCGUGGAUGCAGCCGUCCUUCAGGUCGCCCAACAACACGGCAUCUCUGACCAGGACUUCCUGCUGCGACAGGAAGUGGUCACCAGGAUGGAGAUCAUCAUCCAGCAGCACCUCGCAGUUUGCUCCCUCCGCCUCUACGGCUCCUGUCUCACCCGAUUUGCCUUCAAGACAAGUGACAUCAAUAUUGACGUCACCUACCCCUCCACUAUGACCCAACCAGAUGUGCUGAUACAAGUACUGGAAAUCCUGAAGAACAGCGCUCAAUUUUCUGAGGUGGAGUCUGACUUUCACGCCAAAGUUCCGGUAGUGUUUUGCAGAGAUGUCAACAGUGGGUUGAUGUGCAAAGUGAGUGCAGGUAAUGACGUGGCCUGCCUCACCACCAACCACCUGGCUGCCCUAGCUAGACUGGAACCCAGACUGGUGCCUCUGGUCCUGGCCUUCCGCCUCUGGGCUAAGUUGUGCCAUAUUGACUGCCAGGCAGAAGGGGGCAUCCCAUCCUACUCCUUCUCCCUCAUGGUCAUCUUCUUCCUCCAACAACGCAGGGAGCCCAUCCUUCCUGUCUACUUCGGCUACUGGAUCGAAGGCUUUGAUGUGAAGGCUGUGGAUGAGUACCAUCUGACGGGGAUAGAGAUGGAUAUAUUUGUUGGGUGGGAGCACCGACCCCCCAGUACAGAGGGAGGGGGGGGCGGCAGGGGAGAGAACGGAGGGAAGGCCAAGCCUGAGCAGAAGAAACCUGCUGUGAAGAAGCAGCAUGCAGAGGGAAUGACGCGCCUGGCCCUGGACCUGGGUAAGGGGGUGUCCCUGGGCCAGCUGUGGCUGGAGCUGCUUCGGUUCUACACUCUGGAGUUCGCCCUGGAGGAACGCAUCAUCAGCAUCCGCCUCAAAGAGCUCCUCUCCAGAGAGAUGAAGAACUGGCCCCGACGAAGGCUGGCCAUCGAGGAUCCGUUUGCCCUAAAGAGGAAUGUUGCCCGCAGCCUAAACAGUCAGAUGGUCUUUGAGUACGUCCAGGAGCGCUUCCGUACCACCUACAAAUACUUUGCCUGCCCGCAGAGCAAGGACAGGGACACAGGAGGGCGCCAGAGAGGCAAGAAGACGUGCAAACAUGGCGACAUGAAACCGGAGAAAGGAGACAGAAAGGGAGGAGAAGAGGUGGCUGAGAAGAGUGGAGGUGGAGAGCGCAAUGGGAAGGAAGGGAACAGUCAGAGCUCUGAGACAGGACAGAAGGAGGAUGAUGAGGCUGAAAGUGAUGAAGAGGACAGAGCAGAGAGGGCAUUAAACGCUGGCCUUAUGGACUUGGUCCUCAGUGAGGGGGACAGUUCUACAGAUGGGGCUGGAGCUGAGCCUGGCGCUACCCUGGAGCAUUCCUCUGCCUCCCCCUCGCCCCAGAACGGCCUGCUGGACAGUGAUGAAGAGGAGGAUAAGCAUGUGUCAGAGAAGCAGGGACAUAUUUCACCAGAGGACCUGCAUUAUAUAUUUGACAGGAUGAUCUUCACAGGAGGAAAGCCUCCUACGGUCGUGUGUAGCAUCUGUAAGAGAGAUGGCCAUCUGAAGGACGAUUGUCCUGAGGACUUCAAGAAGAUCGAGCUCAAACCGCUGCCUCCCAUGACUGACCGCUUCAGAGACAUCCUGGAUGGCCUUUGUAGACUCUGCUACCAUGAGCUGUCCCCCUCUCUUGGAGAGCAGCAGAAGAGAGAACAGAUCAUGGGUAGUCUGGAGAGGUUUAUACGAAAGGAAUACAAUGACAAGGCCCAGCUGUGUUUGUUUGGUUCCUCCAAGAAUGGCUUUGGUUUCCGUGACAGCGACCUGGACAUCUGCAUGACCUUGGAGGGCCACGACACCGGAGAGAAGUUGAACUGCAAAGAGAUAAUUGAAGACCUAGCCAAGGUGCUGAAGAGAAACACAGGUCUGAGGAACAUCCUGCCUAUUACAACAGCCAAAGUGCCUAUUGUGAAGUUUGAACACAGACAGAGUGGACUGGAGGCAGAUAUCAGCCUCUACAAUACUCUUGCUCAACACAACACCAGAAUGCUGGCUACCUACGCUGCUGUAGACCCUCGCGUGCAGUUCCUGGGAUACACCAUGAAGGUGUUUGCAAAGCGCUGUGACAUAGGUGACGCGUCCAGAGGAAGUCUGUCGUCCUACGCCUACAUCCUCAUGGUGUUAUACUUCCUGCAGCAGAGACAGCCCCCCAUCAUCCCUGUUCUCCAAGAGAUCUUUGACGGACACACUGUACCACAGAGGAUGGUGGAUGGUUGGAAUGCCUUCUUCUGUGAUGACCUUGAGGAACUGCGUCGUCGUCUGCCAGAGCUGCAGCAGAACCGUGAGUCUGUGGGGGAGCUGUGGCUGGGCCUGCUCAGGUUCUACACCGAGGAGUUUGACUUUAAGGAGCACGUCAUUAGCAUCCGCCAGAGGAAACGACUCACCACCUUCGAGAAGCAGUGGACCUCAAAGUGCAUUGCUAUCGAAGAUCCCUUUGACUUGAAUCACAAUCUUGGUGCUGGAGUUUCUCGCAAAAUGACUAACUUCAUCAUGAAGGCCUUUAUCAACGGCAGGAAGCUGUUUGGUACUCCCUUCUACCCCCAGCCUGGCUUGGAGGCGUACUACUUCUUUGACUCCAAGGUGCUAACGGACGGGGAGCUGGCACCUAAUGACAGGUGCUGUCGGGUCUGUGGCAAGAUCGGCCAUUACAUGAAGGACUGCCCCAAGAGACGCAGGUACACUGGGAGAGAAUAUCAGGGGAUGAGGAAGAAGGAGAAGGAGGAGGAUGUGAAGGAGGGAGACGAACAUGAGCCGCGGGAGCGUCGCUGUUUCCAGUGUGGUGACAUAGGUCAUGUACGGAGGGACUGCCAAGAGUACCGUCAUCUUAGACAGAGAGCUGCAGGGGGACCAGUUCCCCACAUGGUGCAAGCCAUGGUGAGCUCCCAGUCCAUCCCCAUCCCCCAGCCUCCACAGGACCGCCCCGGACGCACCAGACAACCCUCUGAAUGUUCUGAUUCCCACCAUACUCCGCCCUAUUCCCCCCAGCCCAACCCGUUCUCCCAGGGUUCCAGCCAAUCCUCCAGCUCCCCCCAAUCCUCCUCCAAGACCUCCGCUGGAGGGGGACCCCCCAAGCAGCCCCAACACCCCCAGGUUCCCCUCUCUCUCUUCGGCUUCCCUCCCUCCCACCCGGGCCAGUACCACCACUCUGCAGCUCUCACUGCUCUGGGACUGCUGCCGUCCCACCACAACCAACACCAGCACCAGUCACAUCAGUCCCAGGGGCACCAGGCCCAUCACCAACACCACCACCCCUCCAACUCCUGGCCCAUCCACGGCCCCAUCCUCCAGACUUCCAGCGGCCCUGGAGGGCCCUCCCCGCCCGGCCUCAAAUUCCCUCCGCGCCAGGCCCCUGGGCCAGGGAACGGGAACACAGGGCCAGGGGGAUCUUCGGGGGGUGGCAGCCCUAGCCCUAUGAACCUAAAUGACCCCAGCAUCAUCUUCGCCCAGCCGGCGGGGAGGCCCAUGGGCCUGGGAGGAGGGCGGGGACGGGACGGGCACUGGCACAACCACCUGGCACAACAGGGGGCAUUGGUGGCUAAUGGCACUGUGGGCAAGUCAGACCCAGGCUACAAGACCCAGUUCGGGGGUGUGAGCCAGCAGGGUUCUAGGACCUGGGAGCACAGCAAUGCGGCCCACUACUCCCUGUCCCCGUCCUGGCCUUACCGCAUGCCACAGAACUUCAUCCAGCAGGGCAACGGGGGUUACCCACAACCCGGCAAGCCCUUCAUGUCCCAAGGUUCUGUGGUGCACCCCAAUCAGCAUUACCCGCUCCUCCCCCACGGACGACAUCACGUCAACCUCAACUACAUCCAGCAGAAGAAAUGAACUCUGAACUCUGCUCCCAUAGCAUCUUAAUUCAAUUAGGCUUUAUGGUCCUUCACCAUGAUAAAACUAAAACUAUAUAAUCUAACUUUGCAUCAUCUGGUCACAAGACUUUUUAAAAUGAAUUUUAUCAUUUUUUUGUACAGUUUUUACGUGUUUUUUUUUGUCUCAUUACAUUGAUUUGUGAUACAAAUGUCAAAUAUUUUAAUACCCCCAUUUCUGAAGGGGUCCAAAAAGUGUUUUUAUUUUGUGUAAAGUAAGGAGGUAAAAAUUAUCCUUUAUUUUUAUUAGCUGUGUUCCUACUUUGCUUGCUUAAGGAUAAAAGCUUUGAAUAGACAUUUGUUAAAACAAAAAACUACAUUUUAACAUGCCCACCCCUAUCAGAUAAUUAUGUAGUGCCAAAAAGACCUAUAGUAAGGGUGGAAAAAAAAUAAAAAAAAUAAGACAAAAACACAAAAAUCCAUACAAAUAAAUAAAGUUAAAGCAAA